AGCUGCCCAAGACCCUGACUGACCUGUACUCACACUUCCUGCUGGUUCAGAUAAAGAGGAAGAAGCAGAAGUACGAUGAGGGACAUGAGACGAGUCCACAGGAGCUGACGGAGGCUGACAGGGAGGUUCUUCUGAAGCUGGGGAGGCUGGCGUUUGAACAGCUGGAGAAAGGAAACAUCAUGUUCUACCAAGAAGACCUGGAGCAGUGUGGUCUUGAUGUCACAGAGGCCUCGGUGUACUCAGGAGUUUGUACAGAGAUCUUCAAAAGAGAGAGUGUGAUCUUCCAGAAAACAGUCUACUGCUUUGUUCAUCUGAGCGUUCAGGAGUUUCUGGCUGCAGUCUACAUGUUCCACUGUUACACCAGCAGCAACACAGAGAGACUGGAGGACUUCCUGGGGAAGGACUGGGAUGAUUACAAUUAUGAUGAUGACGGAGACAAUUACCAUGAUCCACCCCUGGAUGUGUUCCUGAGGAGAGCCAUGCAGAAAUCCCUCGACAGUAAAAAUGGCCACCUGGACCUGUUUGUUCGCUUCCUUCAUGGCUUCUCUCUGGAGUCCAACCAGAGACUCUUAGGAGGCCUGCUGGGUCAGACAGACAACGGUCCAGAAAUCAUCCAGAGCGCCAUCAACAACCUGAAGGAGAUGAACAGUCGUGAGAUCUCUCCUGACAGAAGCAUCAACAUCUUCCACUGUCUGACGGAGAUGAACGACCACUCAGUACAUCAGGAGAUCCAAGAGUUCCUGAAGUCAGAGAACAGAUCAGAGAAGAAACUCUCUGAGAUCCACUGCUCAGCUCUGGCCUACAUGCUGCAGAUGUCAGAGGAGGUUCUGGAUGAGUUGGACCUGAAGAAGUACAACACAUCAUGGGAGGGACGACUGAGACUGAUUCCAGCUGUGAGGAACUGCAGAAAGUUUCGACUUUCUGGCUGUGGACUCUCAGAGACUCACUGUGAAGUUGUGGCCUCAGCUCUGAAGUCCAACCCCUCCCAUCUGAGAGAGCUGGACCUGAGUCGCAACUACCUGCAGGAUUCAGGAGUGAAGCUGCUGUCUGCUGGACUGGAGAGUCCACAUUGUAGACUGGAGACUCUGAG